GGAUAUUUAGUGGCCCGGAGGCCCCGCCCCAAAUCGGAAGUGACGGAGACGAGCUUGCGCGUCGGAGCUACCUCUAUGGUUUUCCUCCCGUUCUCGAGUCGGGAGAUGGCCGCUGUGUAGUUAACAACGGAGCUAACUCCUGGGGACCGUCCUUCGGCUUGACAGGUAUUUGAAUUUAGAGAUUAGUUUCUCAGAACAUUAUCUUCAGGAAGAAUUUUACAGUAUACUAGGACUUCACUUUGACUACCUGAUCUGCAAAAAAAUCCUAGGAUUAAAGAAAUGGGUCGCUCCAAUUCUAGAUCACAUUCUUCAAGAUCAAAAUCUAGAUCACAGUCUAGUUCUCGAUCAAGAUCAAGAUCACACUCUAGAAAGAAGAGAUACAGUUCUAGGUCUCGUUCCAGGACAUAUUCAAGGUCUCGCAGUAGAGAUCGUAUUUAUUCUAGAGAUUAUCGUCGAGAUUACAGAAAUAAUAGAGGAAUGAGGCGACCUUAUGGGUAUAGAGGAAGGGGUAGAGGUUAUUACCAAGGAGGAGGUGGUAGAUAUCAUCGUGGUGGUUAUAGACCUGUCUGGAAUAGAAGACACUCUAGGAGUCCUAGACGAGGUCGUUCACGUUCCAGGAGUCCAAAAAGAAGAUCGGUUUCUUCUCAAAGAUCUCGAAGCAGAUCUCGUCGGUCAUAUAGAUCCUCUAGGUCUCCAAGAUCAUCAUCAUCUCGUUCUUCAUCCCCGUAUAGCAAAUCUCCUGUUUCUAAAAGACGAGGGUCUCAGGAAAAACAAACCAAAAAAGCAGAAGGGGAGCCUCAAGAAGAGAGUCCUUUAAAAAGUAAAUCACAAGAGGAGCCAAAAGAUACAUUUGAACAUGACCCAUCUGAAUCUAUUGAUGACUUUAAUAAAUCAUCAGCCACAUCUGGUGAUAUUUGGCCUGGUCUUUCAGCUUAUGAUAAUAGUCCUAGAUCUCCGCAUAGUCCUUCACCUAUUGCUACACCACCUAGUCAGAGUUCAUCUUGCUCUGAUGCUCCUAUGCUCAGUACUGUCCACUCAGCAAAAAAUACCCCCUCUCAGCAUUCACAUUCCAUUCAGCAUAGUCCUGAAAGGUCUGGAUCUGGUUCUGUUGGAAAUGGAUCUAGUCGAUACAGUCCUUCUCAAAAUAGUCCAAUUCAUCACAUCCCUUCAAGAAGAAGCCCUGCAAAGACAAUCACACCACAGAAUGCUCCAAGAGAUGAGACUAGGGGACGUGCAUCAUUUUAUCCUGAUGGGGGAGAUCAGGAAACUGCAAAGACGGGAAAAUUCUUAAAAAGGUUCACAGAUGAAGAGUCUAGAGUUUUCCUGCUCGACAGGGGUAAUACCAGAGAUAAAGAGACUCCAAAGGAGAAAGGAUCAGAGAAAGGGAGGGCAGAGGGAGAGUGGGAAGAUCAGGAAGCUCUAGAUUAUUUCAGUGAUAAAGAGUCUGGAAAACAAAAAUUUAAUGAUUCAGAAGGGGAUGACACAGAGGAGACAGAGGAUUAUAGACAGUUUAGGAAGUCAGUUCUUGCAGAUCAGGGUAAAAAUUUUGCCUCCACAUCUCAUCGGAAUACUGAGGAGGAGGGACCCAAGUACAAGUCCAAAGCUUCACUGAAAGGCAACAGAGAAAGCGAUGGAUUUAGAGAAGAAAAAAAUUACAAACUUAAAGAGACUGGAUAUGUAGUGGAAAGGCCUAGCACUACGAAAGAUAAGCACAAGGAAGACGACAAAAAUUCUGAGAGAAUAACAGUAAAGAAAGAGACUCAGUCACCCGAGCAGGUAAAGUCUGAAAAGCUCAAAGACCUCUUUGAUUACAGUCCCCCUCUUCACAAGAACCUGGAUUCACGAGAAAAGUCUACCUUCAGAGAGGAGAGCCCACUUAGGAUCAAAAUGAUAGCCAGCGAUUCUCACCGUCCUGAAGUCAAACUCAAAAUGGCACCUGUUCCUCUUGAUGAUUCGAACAGACCUGCCUCCUUGACUAAAGACAGGCUACUUGCUAGUACACUUGUCCAUUCUGUCAAGAAGGAGCAAGAAUUCCGAUCCAUCUUUGACCACAUUAAGUUGCCACAGGCCAGCAAAAGCACUUCAGAGUCAUUUAUUCAACACAUUGUGUCCUUGGUUCAUCAUGUUAAAGAACAAUACUUCAAAUCAUCUUCAAUGACCCUAAACGAGAGAUUCACGUCCUAUCAGAAAGCCACUGAAGAGCAUAGCACUCGGCAAAAGAGUCCUGAGAUACACAGGAGAAUUGACAUCUCUCCAAGUGCCCUGAGGAAGCAUACCCGUUUAGCAGGGGAAGAAAGAGUUUUUAAAGAAGAAAGUCAAAAGGGAGAUAAAAAAUUAAGGUGUGAUUCUGCUGAUCUUCGACAUGACAUUGAUCGUCGGAGAAAAGAAAGAAGUAAAGAACGGGGGGAUUCCAAGGGCUCCAGGGAAUCCAGUGGAUCAAGAAAGCAGGACAAAGCUCCAAAAGAUUACAAAGAAUACAAAUCUUACAAAGAAGACAGUAAACAUAAAAGUAGAGAGCAGGAUCAUUCUCGAUCUUCAUCCUCUUCAGCAUCACCUUCUUCUCCCAGUUCUCGAGAAGAAAAAGAGAGUAAGAAGGAACGAGAAGAAGAAUUUAAAACCCACCAUGAAUUGAAAGAAUACUCAGGCUUUGCAGGAGUUAGCCGACCACGAGGAACCUUCUUUCGAAUUAGAGGCAGAGGAAGAGCCAGAGGAGUUUUUGCUGGGACAAAUACUGGUCCAAACAACUCAAAUACUACUUUUCAAAAGAGACCGAAGGAAGAGGAAUGGGAUCCAGAAUAUACCCCAAAGAGCAAGAAGUACUUCUUGCAUGAUGACAGAGAUGAUGGUGUGGAUUAUUGGGCCAAAAGAGGAAGAGGUCGUGGUACUUUUCAACGUGGCAGAGGACGUUUUAACUUCAAAAAAUCAGGUAGCAGUCCAAAAUGGACUCAUGACAAAUACCAAGGGGAUGGAAUUGUUGAAGAUGAAGAAGAAACUUUGGAAAACAAUGAAGAAAAGAAGGACAGACGCAAAGAAGAAAAGGAAUAGUAAAUCGGAAGUGAGAUUGCAACAGAGAGCAGAACUUGCACCCACCAUUUUUUUUACCUUAUUUUUGUUUUCAAAUAAGAAUGUAAGCAUUUUACUUAAAUUUUACUGUUUGCAACUAGUCUAUAGAAAUUUUGUUUUUAAGUCUUCAAAUAUCUUGAAAAAUAGUAGACUGUAUGUUGAAAAUUGUACUGAAAUAAAGUAGAAAAUUGUUACGUACCAUAUUUGUAACUAUCAACUUUUAAAAAAAUACUUUUACUGUUUUUGUUACAUGCAUUGUAUUUCUGCUUUGUCUAUAAGAUAUGGUCAAGUACAGCUCUGUGAAAGUUCUGAUUCUCUCCCCUCCCUGUUUGUUAAUGUUUAUCCUGAAGUAUAAACGUUAGCUCUACAUACAAAUAUCUGAACAGAAAUUGUUUAUAGAGACCACACUAAAUAUUUUAACUAUACAUCUUUAAUGUUUAACAUUUCUUUAAUUCAAGCACACUACACUAUAGGGUGACUAAUUACCAAGAAAAGUUACUUUGGUAAAAUAGUUUAACAUUUCAGCAAAUGUUUAAGGAAGAAAAAAGCUUUGUCAUUAAACAAGCUACUCAUUAAAUAGAAUUAAGAAAUUUAUUUUUAUUGAGAGCAAACUGUCUUACAAAAAAGUUUCUUGGGAGCAUUCAUUUGGGUUCAAAAUUCAGUGUUCUCUGUGUCUUCUUAAUUGAAAGUUUGAGUCAUGGUCUUAGGUAUCAGCUAUUCUUUCAGAGAGUAAAUUUAAAUUGGUUUGUAAUACAUAAUACCAUUGCAAAUGAAAACACCAUUCCUACAGAAUGUCUUACCAAAAAAAAAACCCACAGAAACAGCAAACUCUAUUGUAAUACUGUAAUACUGGUGUUGGUAUGAAAGGAUUUAUCCUGCAAAAUAACAUGAUAUAUUAAAAUGUGCCUGAUUUCAUAAUUUAAGUAUUUAUUUGAACUUUUGGACAGUUAAAACGUUAGGUUGUAAUCUAGUUAAAAGGAAAAAAGCAGAACAUAUUGUUAAUAUAGUGUUCUUGAUUUUCAGUCAUUAAUAAAAUGUUGACAGAAAAACUGCUGCAACCUUGCUCUACCUUGACUUCUUCUCCCCCUUAUUUCAGUGGCAGUUUGUAAAUUUGCUUUUUUUUUCUUCGCAAGGAUUCUAGAAUUUAUUGAUAAUUUUUCAAAUGUGAAUAACUUUUGUUGAUAGCUCUUAGAUGAAAAUCUAAAAUAGCAAUUUUCAAGUUGUCAUGGUGCUUUAUGAGCAUAUAUUAGUUAAAUUUUUAGUUAAUUCAGUUGAAUUAGUAUGUUUGCAUUCAGUGGGUAUAAUGCUUAUUCUGUUAGUGUAAACUUGAGAAGAGCCAUCUUCUCAUCUUUGGUAUCAGAUUUGCAAAGCUUCUAGCACCUCAGGGGCAUUUGCUAAUAAGAUCUGAUUGUGAGAAAAUGAAAACAAGCUCUACAUGUCAUGAGUGUGACCCUAAAAUAUUUAGUGUUGCAUGAUAGCUCCUUUUUUUUUUUGAUCUAUCUAAAAUUGUUAUUAGAGCAGAGGAAGUAUUGUCUAAGCAGAUAUAUGUUGCAUUAAGCAGAGCAUAAUCUAGUCAGAAUAGUACUAAAUUACAUGCUAAAGGAAAAUGGAUUUGAUCUCUAACCUAGGAAAAUUUUUUAUGGAUAUUUAGUUUUAUACAACUAAAUUUGGCUAUUUAAUAGCUCUGUAGCUAUUUGGCUAGACACUGAAUCUCAGUGCAUUACUAAGUGUGCAGUUUUGCUUUUCUACUUAAGACAGUAGAAAAAAGGGAAUUCACUGAGAAACUGAUAGGCAGUGGGAAUAAAGCCAGAUAAGCCCUAAGAAGAAAAGGUAAUUGCUUUAACCCAAAUGUAUAUGUGAUUUGGUUAUUUCCAUUCUCUUAAAAUUGAGAAAACAGGAUUGAACAGGCUGAUUAUGAUAAUUCUGCAGUAAAAUGCUAUUGUGGAUGUUACCUAUUUCUAGAGCUACCCAUAUAAAAAGUAAUCAGUAUGUAUUUUUUUAUGCCAUGAUUUCAUGCUCAAGUCAUUUUGUAAAAGCUGUAUGGUUCCUCUGGUGAAAAAUACUUGUUUGCAAGUGCCAGAAAAUAAUAAUUCGAUACCUGCAUUAACAGUAUGUAGAGAAAGAAAAUGAAAACCAAAGGAUUUUUCCAGAAGGGAUU